AUUUUUUAUCACAACUGCGCGAUGGUCUCACUAACCCAGCUCUUAUCAAAAACCGGCGAAUUAUAGAAUUAAUUAGUUUCAUUCCAUAAAAUUGAUAAUAAACCUUCCCACAUAGAGUCAGCAACACCGUCUUACUAUGAGGUGGAAGGGAAAAGCCUUGCCCUUCUUUCUGGUCCUCCAGCUUUACGUGCUGCAGGUCUCCGCUAACCAAGAGGGAAUCCCCCAAAGUCUGAAACACAACAAAGAAUGGCCUUUGUUCGAGUAUGGAGAGAUUAGGAAGCCAACACCCACCAAGGGACUGCUGUAUCCCCGGGAGUCGGAGACGCGGGAGGUGCGCAGCCUGGACGGCAUGUGGCGGCUGGUGAGGAGUGACCCCAAGGAUCCGCUCCAGGGCAUUCGCGAGAAGUGGUAUGCCAACAGCCUGAGGAUGAGCGGGAAGGAAGUCAUACCCAUGCCCGUGCCCGCCUCCUACAACGAUAUAGCCACAACGGACAGCCUAAGGGAUCACGUGGGCACCGUUUGGUACGAGAGGACCUUUUAUGUGCCCCGCCUCUGGAAGGACGGUGUUCGCACCUGGUUGCGCUUUGGCAGCGUUCACUACUCGGCCAUAGUGUGGAUCAAUGGCAGGAACGCCACCAGCCACUCCAUCGGCCACCUGCCAUUCGAGGCGGAUAUCUCCGCACUGCUGAACUUUGGCGGCGAGAACCUGGUCACGGUGAUGUGCGACAACAGGUUGGGAAACCGCACAAUUCCCCAGGGAUCCGUUUACCAGGCCUCUACCGAUAAAGGCACUGUGCCUGUCCAGAGCUACACCUUCGACUUCUUCAACUAUGCGGGGAUCCACCGAAGCGUGCACCUGUACACGACUCCACUAAUCCAUAUCAGCGACCUGGAGGUGCGCACCCUGUACAGCAGCAACGGGAUGGGACGCAUAGACUACCGUCUUUGGGUGGAUGCAAGCCAAGCGGCGGAAUAUCAACAAAUGUUGGUCACAAAUCUCAGGGUUGUGCUGAGAGACCGCGAUGGUACGGAGGUUGGACAGCAGAUGAAUCGAUUGGUUUAUCAAGGCUCCCUGCUAGUGCCCAGUGCUAAACCAUGGUGGCCCUACCUCAUGAAUUCCGAUCCUGGCUAUCUUUACAGUAUGGAGUUUCAGUUAGUCGUUGCCUGCAAUGAGGAUGACUCGGGCUGUGCCUUGCAGGAUGCUUACCGCUUGCCAGUGGGUAUACGCACCCUGAGCUGGAGCAAUCAGAGCUUGUUGCUCAAUGGAGUACCGCUCUACCUGCGGGGAUUUGGCCGCCACGAGGACUCCGAUAUACGAGGCAAGGGUCUGGAUAAUGCGCUUUUGGCCCGCGACUUCAACCUGCUGAAGUGGAUCGGGGCGAAUGCCUAUCGCACCUCACACUACCCCUACUCGGAGGAGUCCAUGCAGUUCGCCGACGAGCAAGGCAUCAUGAUUAUCGACGAGUGUCCUGCUGUUAACAUCGACAUUUUUGAGCCGCAACUGCUGGAGCAACACAUGUCUUCGCUGGAGCAGCUCAUCCACAGGGACAGGAACCACCCAAGCGUCAUCGCUUGGUCGGUGGCCAAUGAGCCGCGCUCAGCCAAGCCGGGAGCCCUAGAAUAUUUUGAGACCUUGGUGACCUAUACGAGAAGCAUUGCCCAGGGACGUCCUCUUACGGCUGCCAUAAAUGCUAGUCCCUCGACCUGCCACUUGGCGCAAUUUCUGGACAUUGUGGGGUUUAAUCGCUACAACUCCUGGUACCAGAACGCCGGACGCACGGAUAUGAUUGUCGACCAGCUGACCGAAGAGGCCGAGAGUUGGCGGGACAAGUUCGAAAAGCCGAUUAUUCAGUUUGAGUAUGGCGGCGACACCAUGGAAGGCAUGCAUUCGUUGCCAGCCUUCAUUUGGUCCGAGGAAUACCAGGUGCAGCUCUUCUCCAAGCACUUUAGAGCCUUCGAUGAGCUUCGUGGGAAGCGGUGGUUCAUAGGAGAGUUUGUGUGGAACUUUGCAGAUUUCCGAACGGCGCAGACCAUAACGCGUGUUGGUGGCAACAAAAAGGGUGUCUUUACCAGAAACCGACAGCCCAAGGAGGUGGCUCACCUCCUCAGGCAGCGUUACUUUGCCAUUGCCCGGGAGUUGGACCAUUGUCCGCUACCCGAGGACCUAACCGUGUACAUAUCCAGGCAUUCCAAGCACAGCAGGCACAACGAGCUUUAAGAAGUUUUUAUAUUAAUCCUAGGAUUCUUGCAACGAAGUGAUCUUGAAGCUAUUUGCAAUAUAUAUAUACAUAUUUAUUGUUUGACUAGCUUCAUUUUUAGAGCUUUACAGUAUCUUGAAGGUAUUUGCAUAUUUACAUAAAUGAAGACUCUUUUAAUUGAAUAUUUUACCCGCUUAUCAGUUAAGGAAUACAAAAGUAUACACUUUAGUGUUUGACACAAGGGUGUCUAAAAUCAUAAAAUGUCAAUUAAUCGACGUAAUAUUUAUACGUUUUGUACUUAUUAAACUUUAUUACCAAAGUAGCCAAUUUCCCAUUAAAACUAUCUAUUCUUAAAAAUCAA